AUGCAAGAGCUUACUACCACAAUCAUGUCUCGUUCCUUCCUCCCGACCACUUCUCCUCGGCUUCGACUGCGACCAAGAUCAUUGGUUCGCAUGACCGUUUGCAUGGACCAAUCACUCAAGGAGAAAAUGGUUGUCAUUUUGGGAGCCACUGGGACAGGCAAGUCACGCCUCUCAGUUGAUCUAGCUACCCGUUUCUCCGGUGAGAUCAUCAACUCUGACAAGAUCCAAGUCUACAAUGGCUUGGAGACCGCCACAAAUCAAAUCACAAUACCUGAGCGAUGUGGAGUCCCUCACCACUGUUGGUGUUUUAACAAGUAUUCAGUUCUGAUUAUCAAUACAGAUUACAGGGUAAUCUUCUUAUGGGCCUGCUAUAACCACGUGGCCCAUUACUCCAAAGAAGAAGCCCACCUGCCUGAGCCCAAUCUCAAUCACGACAAUCUCCACCUGAUUGGUCUCAGACAGAACUUCCGAGAGAUUCACCUCUCUCGUCAUCUUCUCCGACUUCACCGUCGCCUUCUCCGACUUCACCGCCGGUCACCUAACUCAUCACAGAGCUAG